AUGGCCAAAGGCGCACGCGCAAGCAGCAAAAAGGCGAACCGCACCAAGCUGCGCGCCCGAGUUUUCGGCCCCGUCGAGCAGGCACGCGCCGAGCGCCUGCACGCCAGACUUCUCGAGACGAUUGCCCAGCCCAAGCCCGAGAGGACUGAGAUGGAAACCGAAGAAAGUGAGUCGCUCAACCCUCUCCCGCCAUAUGCACCCUCUAAUCGUGCCCCAGUCAACACCACCGACGAUGCCGCCAAGGAGGACUUGCCCAAAGAUAUGGACGUCGACGCAACCGCCACCUCUGCGAAGAGCUCGAGCUCGCGCAAGACCAAGGACAAGAGCCAGACCCGGAAACAACUGCGACGCAAGCCCCAGAACAAGGUCUCCUUCCCUACUUCCCGAGGCAAGGGCGCACUGAAGCCCAAUGGUGGACGUCCCAGCGGCCCCGGCCGCAUCGGCAAACGACGAGCAUGA